ACAUAACGUUGCGUCGUUACUCGUUACUUACUGGUACUGGUUCAUUGAGUGUUUUUUUUAUAUUUAUGCAACAGCAGGUUGAAUUUUGUUCUAAUUGAAAUUACAUUAAAUUUAGACUAUUUUAUUAUAAAAUUGUGUUACAAUGCUGCCAGACUUUUUGUGUCGACCUCUUAUGUAAGUUUUAAAUCUAAAUAAUAUGUUUCUUCCUUAUUUUAAAACACCCAAUAAUAUUUUUUUGACUCCUAUUUUUUAAUUAAUCAUGUAUAAUUUUGGUAUUUUAUAUAUAUAUAUAUAUAUAUGUAGAUAUAUUGAUAAACUUUGUUUUCUUGAUUAGGUAGCUAUUAUUAGUAACUAUUAUUUAUUUACAGUAUGUUAUUUGGCAUAUUAUAUCCUGGUUAUAUGUCGUACAAAGUGCUCAAAACAAAGCGAUCAACCAAUUAUGUAAGUUCAAUUAUUUAAAUAAAUAAUAUUUAGUUAAUAAGGUUUUAUUUAGUCAUACUACAUUUAUAAUUAUGCACAUAUUUUAAUUAUUUUUUGUUGGUUCCAUUUAAAAUAUCUAUCAAAUUGGAUACCAUAUGUUUCAUCUAUGAAAAUGUAUUUAUUGGUGUGUACCUAUACAUUUAUAAAUACCAUUUUAUAAAUUUUAUUAUUAUAGAGCAGUAUAAUUAAAUAAUUAUUUAAUUUCUGUAAUUUAAAUCAAUGUAUUCAACUAAUUAUGGAGAUAACUAGUAAAAGAAAGGAAAAUUAUUAAUAAUAUUUAUUGAAAUUGAAAUACUGAAGUGUACCUACAUGAAAAAUAUUAAGAUAAAAUAAUGUUUAGAAUUAAUUAGUUGGUUUAGGUUAGAAAAAUAAAUGCAUUAUUUACGAACAAAAGGAAAUUCAAUACAUGCACAAUCACGAAACAUAAAUAAGUCUUCCAUUGUUAUAUUUAUUUUAUGUUGUGCAAUAUUUGCAAAAUUAAAAUUUAAUCAAAUAUUUUCUAAAAAUAUAAAAUAGAUAUCUACAUACAUGCAAUAAUACCCUUCUGUAAUUCUAAUAUAUUUGCAUACACCCAUAUGCAAUGUCCAAAUACAUGAUAUUUUAAGUACUUUUUUAUAAUACAAAUAUUUUUUUGUUAUUAAAUACUGUACUAAGUUGCUAUAUUAAUAUUAAAUAUUUGUGUAAUUCAGGGCAUAUGGCUAAUGUAUUGGAUAACAUUUUCCAUGUUUACUUCAGUAGAAACCAUAACAGACACAUUGAUUGCUCCUUGGUAAGUUAUUUUAAAAUAUUAAUAUAAAAAUCAAAUCAAUUUAAUAUUAUCAAAAGAUAUAUUUAAAAAUUUUAAUUUUAAUAUAGACAAACUUUCUAAAUACAUUUUAUUUUAUAGUAGUUUAUAUUAUUUAUAAUUAUUGCAGGUUGCCGUUUUAUAAUGAAUUGAAGCUUUUGUUUCUUUAUAUGACAUAUCCAACUUCGGACAGUUCCCUGACUUAUGUGUACAAAAAUAUUAUAAGUACUUUUAUUAAACGACAUGAAAAGGUGAGUUGUCAGAGUUAUGUAGUAUAUUAUGCUUUGUAAAAUACAUUUAAUAAUUAAUAUGCAAGAUUAAAAUAUUUGUGAGUUUUACUUAUUAAAAUUCAUAAAUAAUAUUUAAAACUAAAAUAACUUGUGUAAGAAUUAUAAGAAAAACCAUUAAUGUUGAUAAUUUAAAUUCAAAUUAUUGGUAUAUUAAUAUAAAUUAUUUUUAAAAGUAAAAAACGUUCUUUACGUCCAAAAAAAAUUCUUAAAUAAAUUGUUUUUUUUUUUUUUUUUGUGAUUUUACAGGACAUUGAUGCUCAAAUAAAUAGUUUUAAAAACGGUGGUUUACAAACAUUGAUGGGAACUGGAAAAAAAUUUACCAACAUUUUAUUGAACUAUGCUAUAAAAGCUUUUUUAGCAUAUGUAAGUUAAAAUAAUUAUUUAUCUUGUAAAAAUUAUUUACAAAACUAUUAUAAUAUUAUUUGUAACAUUUAUUAUUUAUUUGGUUUAAAAGGGAAUACAAAUAGGUCCAUUACAGAAUAUUAAACAGAGUAAUACUGUAACUUUGGUUGAAAGCAGUGAACCAGAUGGCAAUGUUAAUUGGGAUGAAUAUUUUGUUGACUCUGAAGAAUUUGAUUCUGAUUCUAGUUCUUCAAAAUCAGUAUCUUCUUUAGCUCACGAAGAACCGGAUUAUCAUUUUUCACACAUGUAUGGAAACAAUAAGACAAAAGAUGAUAAAUUAACAUAUGAUCCUCCAGCUUCUAAUACACGAAGAAGGAAAAAAGUUCCAUGAAAAAUAGAAAACUACAUUUAAAUUCAAAAUUGUUAUAUUAUAUUGAAGAAUUUUAUACAUUUAUUUUAAACAA